ACAUUUGAUUUUUUUGUAAAAACGCCAAGGCAUAUAUCGCCCUUUUGGAGCCGAAUGCGCAGUGUGGCAGGCAUUUAGCAGGAAACUCGCUAUACAUUGGCGUGCUUUGCUCGAGCAUUAACGACACUAUAAGCUGAAGAGGAAGAGAAACAUGAUGAUCUUGUUUUUGAUAUUCCUUGCUAUCUUCAUAGCCUUCUUCAUCAAGUUCCUCACUGCUGAUGCGGACUUUACAUUACUUUCCAAAGGGAAAGUCAAACGCGAAGAAAUCGAAGAUAAGGUUAUUUGGGUUACCGGAGCUAGUCGCGGAAUAGGGGAGAUUCUUGCCAAACAACUUGCAAGUUUAGGGGCUAAACUCAUUAUAUCUGCUAGAAAUGAAGCUGAGCUCCAGCGUGUCAAGCAACAACUCACGGGAAAAAAUGCACCAAGAAAUGUGAUGAUUUUACCACUGGACUUGACAUCCGGGGAGGAAAGUCUGAGAGUCGCUGUAGAGAAAGCUGAAUCAUUUUUCGAUGCAGCUGGAGUGGAUUAUAUGAUUCACAACGCAGCCUAUGAGCGGCCAAAAUCUACAGCAUUGGAUGUGACAGAAGAAAGUCUCAAGGCAACGUUAGAUGUGAAUGUUGUGGGCCCCAUAUCGCUGACGCGGAUGCUUGUACCUUACAUGCUGAAGCGGGGAAGAGGACAUCUUGUUGUGAUGAGCAGUGCAGCAGGAAAGACUCCUGCACCAGGUCAGGCAGUGUACUCAGCUUCCAAAUUUGCAGUAAAUGGGUAUUUCCACACCUUGCGUUCCGAGCUCUGUCGUAAAGGAAUCAAGGUCACGGUAGUUUGCCCAGGGCCUGUAGAAACUCCCAAUUCAAGAACUGGUUCAACUGAGCGGCGUGUAUCAUCAGAGAGGUGUGCAGAGCUGACAAUUAUCGCUGCUAGCCAUGGUAUCAAGGAAGCUUGGAUAUCUUAUCAGCCUGUGCUUGCUGUUAUGUAUUUGGUGCAGUAUAUGCCAACGGUUGGCUAUUGGCUUAUGGACAAGGUACUAUAUGGUUAUUGCGCAGAACUUUGGUUAUUUCCAAUUUGGAACUGUCUCGAGACCAAUGGAUUAUGCAUUUAAGUUAUAGACUGAUAG